GUCUCUGAUCGGAUUCAAAUCCCUUCCAAAACGACUCUUAAAGACACAGGAACAAAGGUAAAUGCAUCUUAUUAUUUUAUUAGCUAAUACAGCGUAAAUACAUCUAUUUUUUUGGUAUUUAACAAUUAUUCCAUGAGGGCACGUUGGAUAUGAGAUGGUGAAUAGCCAACGAGGCGCGUAGCGCAGAGUCGGCUAUAAUCAUCUCAUAUCCAACAAGCGCGAGUGGAAUAAUUGUUUUAUUAAAAACGCCCACAAAAUCUCCCCGACUUAAUUCUGUUAGAACAAACCAGAAAAGACAAGGGACUUCCGCUAUUCACAUGUCACACGUCUAUCAAAACUCUCAACGCGCGAACGGACUCGCGUGGACUGAAUGAAUGAAAAAUCAAAACAUUGUAGCGAUGAACACUUUUAAAAACUCACCGAGAUUCUAGGAGUUUACACAGCAGGACAGCUAAUGGGAGAUAAUGUGAAGAAAAAGAAUUUUUAAGUAACAGCCGUCGAAAUUACUGUGAAUUUGGAUUUUCCGUGCAGUUGCAAAAGAAAGAACAACGGAGAAAAACUAUUACCUCGGUCGCUUGUUAUGAAGUUGUUUGAAGCCACCAGCUGAUUUUGCUGAACGAGAAAAGAAGCUAUACUGACGCCUCGAUGACUGUAAUGAAUAUGGCUGCAUAGCCUGUAUUCUGGUUGCUUGUGAUUUAUAUUCUUCAUGUCGGAUAAACAAGCCGCAGUUAUCUAUCGGCUAGGGACUUGGCGAGUGGCUCCGCAAUCAUGAAGAAACAACACGUGUCCUCUUUCGUAGCUUUUCAAGGUACUUUAGUUCCAUGUAUUUUCAGGUGUUUUUUCGAUAAACUUUCAAACAAGCUCUUGUGGCGUUUUUGUUUGUUUAUUAUUUUCCCGAUGAAAUUGCAUUUUCUAGAAUUCUAAGAAACGAAUUACAACGAUUUGCUUCGGGCGCCAUUCUAUCCUUCGCGGAAAAAAAUCUCAGCUAGCUUCCUCUAGCUUCCAAUUUAAAACUGACGCGAACACCGACCAUAUAUGGAGAGCAUGCUAUAAUGGCUCAUAUACCAUAAUGGCUAAGCCAAUCAAAACGCUAGAAUUGCAUUAUCAAAUGAUUCAGUUUUUAAUAAUAGCUAAUACAGCGUUCGGGCUCCCUGUGGUUCGACGUUCGAACCGGCCCCAAUUACUCUAUCCCCAGAUGCCGCCUUAAUCUUGUUAAAAGAUGUGACACUUUACCAAACGGUAAAGAAACUAAUUGCUUUUCGCAGUAGGAAGUUUAUUGCUUGUCACUCAAACCCUAGUGUCCUUAAAGGGACUGUAACACGCUUCUGCGCAUGUGCGGCAACUUGAUUUCUGUUCUGACGAACAGUUUUUCAAGAUUGGCGUUUGGUGAGGAAAUCCUCUUCCAUCGACCCUGAGACGCCCGAGAAAGCCAUAAUAUCAGUAUUCGAGAGCUAUUUGGUCCAUUUGGGAAGUUUUAAACGCCAUAUUUUGUAUUUUUGUGCAAGUAUUGUCGAGAAAAUUCGAAGUCAUUAAGGAGAACUGCACGAAGCCAUGUGCGUUGUUGUCAGUGUUCCUACAAACGGAUCAAAUGUGGCCUUUAAUGUGGUCAUCUGGCGUAAGGUUCUCCAGUCAACGACCUACCUUUGACGGAUAUUUUUAAGAUGUUAAAAAGGGUUUCCUCGAUACAGCCGUUGACUACUAAUGGGACGCAUCGGCGAAUGAAGCUGAUCUGCGACAUGACUUCCGAUUGUCUGCAACAAUUUAAUUUAUCCAUUGCAUGGAAUCAGAAGGAGAAAACCCAGCAAUCUUUUGUUGUGCAGGAAGUCGUAUGAGGUUUGAGGAAACAAUCGAUCGAACAUGAAACGUUUUCACAGGCAUUCGAUUCAUCAGUGACUCCGAUCCGUAGUUGUAAAGCAGAAAGUAUUGACGACAGGCCACGCUAUGUUCAAUGGGAAUAUUCCUUGUAUCUUUUCUGUAUGAGCGUAGAUGUUUAAGAAUUGAUCUUUAAAAAAUACAUUGUUGCCUGAAUGUUCCGUUUAACGUUUGUUUUGCGGGACACCUGACGCAACGACUCGGAAGGAAUUUUUUAUUUGCUAAAAUAAGCAAUUUAAAUAUAUGCCAUAGUGAUGGGCUCCUGUUUUUGCCUUUUUUGCUUGUUCUUUCAGAUCUUUAUACUUAUACGUUAUGUGGCUACUAUUUCAAUGAAAGUGUUUUAUGAUGAAGCGCUAAGAAUUGCUUUCAAACACUGCUACGAUUUUCAGCUGGUGUUGAUCGUCUGGGCUACAGUGUUCAUGCAGAGUGUUCAUCGCGCUAGCCGACCGCAUGGCAUAGCUUAUUUUAUGAUACUGCGCAUUUAGCUGGCAUUUUAAGCAAAACGUUUGCCUCAUUCGAUACUAUGUGUUUUGAUCACCGGUCAGGUGCUAAUUGCAGGUAUUUCUAAGUUUAUAUCUAGGCCAAACAGAGAGAUCAGUAAGGUUUGUUUUGUUUGCGGAUCGGAGACUGGUUUUCCAGCGUAGGUACGUAAAAAUACACGUCGGUAAAUGUUUGCUUUAAAGCAGGACAGGGUUGUUAAUCAUAUUCUUAUCAGCUGCAACAUUUAUCUGAGGAAUACCAGAGAAUAAAUAUAAAUUAUGGGGAUAUACAAUAUCGAACAAAAACGUCCGGAAAACUCCUGCUUCGCGAACAAUGAAUCUUAAAUUAUGUAGAUUACCUCGCGUGCAUCUUACUCGCUUCCGUUUGGUUCAAAGACAAUCAGCUACUGUCACAGCUCACACAUGCGCACUAUCGUGACACAGUCCCUUUAACAACGCUGGCGUCCAGUGGUGUGCAAAAAAAAGUCGUAUACGGGAGUAUGGAUAGCCUGCGAACCGCAGACGUAUUUCCGGUCGUCGCUUCUCUCCCUCCGAAAAAUAACGCGCCUGCGAACCCGAGCAGCAAAACGAUUUCCGUGACGUGAAACCUUUUGUUUUGAUGUUGACCAAUCAGAUCAAAGGAUAGGAUGCAGCUCGAGUGACUCCUCGCGACCUCGCGCGCUGGCGUGUCUUGUAUUUUGGCGAGAGUCACCAAAUACGCUUGGAACGUGAAUUUCACGACUUUUACAAGGUUUCCUGCGACUUAAAAUGCUGACUUCUUUUUGAAGGAGCGGCUUCCUAGGCUAUGUAUGUGAUGUGGGCCUUUGGUUUCGCUUUAUAAAAUUCGGUAAUACGUGACAUAAACAAAACAUGGACAAAGUAAUCGCCACAGGGAUUCUACAGGGAAAGGAAAAUAACACCGCGCCCAGGCUCGCGAUCUAUUUUAAUUUAACCAGCGCUGACAAAAGUUGGUGAAUCGAUUGUACAGACACAUCCUUGAUGGAUUCAGAAAUCUCUGAUAAUCGCUUGUCAAUAAUUCAAACUCCUACAAGUAUCGCCACAAAACAAUGAACUGAAAUAUUAAAAGUCAGUGGGCCGGACCAGAAGCAUAUAACCCCGAAGCGUAUAACUCUGUCGCAAAGCUCGGGUUUUUCAGAGAAUCAAUCAAAAUUUACCUCCUAAUAUGGAAAUACUGAUAAGCGAGAUUGUCGCGCGAAACUUGUAUGGCGAUGUAAAUGAUAUGGUGCAAAAAGCAUUUACUGUUUUAACACGAGGUAAUAUUUUACGAAAAACGGAAUACAGUAUUAAUCCCCAAAUGACCAGGACUGAGUUAGUUCCUCCUAACAAGACAAAGUUGACUACAAAUGACAUGCACCGUAAGAGAAGCGACUUCUUAAAGGACGUCUGUUGGUCUUUGCAAAGUUUCGCAGCCAUCGCGUUAAAAACGAAAAAGUUAUGACGAAAACUUAGUCACAGCUAAAUGAGCCUAUAUUAAUUACGGAGCCACCUUAACACAUAAGGGGAAGUUAGACGCUUCGGGAUUAUAUGCUUCUGGCCGGACCCAGCGCGAAAUAAAUAUUUACAGCAGUAAAUUAAUUGCCAAUGAGGCAACCGAGCUAAGAAGCGAGGUUGACUCGGCGGCAGAAUUAUAACGCCGCGCAAUGUAGGCAAAAAUUCUCAAAUUCUGCGUAACCCUCUCAAAAUUUGCAUUUUUGACCAUAUUUGGGUGUAAGUAAGACCCUAUAUUUGAGUAGUGACGUCAUGGUCUUGUAUUUACAACUCGUGGUUCAAGAUUAGGUGAUUCAGUGUGCAGCUGUUCGUUGUUUGUUCAAGAGGAACUAACUGGUGAGCAAGCUUUAAUACGAUUUCUAGUUUGAAAGGGCAAUUAGUGCCCUGGUUUGUUUUAUAACUUGUGUUUAAAGCAGCAGCGAAUCAGGGAAUACGGUUUUACGCUCAAAUUUUUGUCAGAACUAGCUUGUUCUUUGCAGCUCGAUUGAUAUUGAGGUAGCGUGUUCGCUUCUCGACUCAGAACCAGGGUUUUCAGUGUUCUCUUUUCCUUUGUGAACUGAAUUUUAAGCUUUAGUUGAUCAAGGCAUAGGGUUAUAUUCUCAAAACUUAUAUCAGAACCAGCGUUUUCUUCACAGGUCGAUUUACAUUGAGCCAGUCAUCACCUUCCGGGAGGAAUGCAACGUAUUUGAGGACAUUUUUUUUUUAAACAACCAGCAUGUUUUUUCUGCUGCUCGAUUAAGGGCCUGUUUACAUGGAGUGGGGGACCCCGGUCUAGUGGGUUUGGUUUCUUUUUUUUUUCACGCUCUAGGGGACACAAAACAAAAGAAACCUACCCCACUAGACCGGGUCCCCCACUCCAUGUAAACAGGGUCUUAAUGUCAGACGGCCCAAAACUCACGUGAGGAAUGCAACGAAUUUGCGGACUUUUGUUUUUCAGACUAUCAGUAUGCCUUUCAAGAGACUGUUUGUCCUGUGACACUUGCUCAUUAGAUCUUUGUAUUUUAUUCAAGUUUAUAUUUUUAUACCUCUUAUACAAUCGCCCCAUUCUUGCGCGCUUUUCACACAUUUAAGUUUACACCAAUUUUUUUCUUAUGUAUAUUACCGGGCAAAAUAUUUUUCUUAUCCCUGAUGACGCUGUUG